GAGAUUAAUCUUCUUGUCGGAAAACUUGAAUCUCCUCCUCUUCUGGCAACCAGCUCAGUCUAGUGGCUGAGAGCCCCGAGUGAGCAGCUCUGUGCCCUCUGCUCCGCAAGACAGGGAGUCCUCUCCAGGGAGCGCAACCAGUCUAACUAACCCCCACCCACCCCCGCCUUUUCUCUCGGAUCAAGGACAUCCCUCUCCCAAACUCUCGCCGGGAAAGGGGGCCAUGUGCCCGGGCUCCAGCUCCCCGGGCGACCCGGAGACGGGCUGGUUAAGACAGCGUCUGGGGCAGUGCCCGACGCUCUGAGCCCACUCCGCCUGCAGCCUGGGGGAAGGGGAGAUCGAGGGAGGAGGGGGGGAGAUCACGCCCCUCUCUAUCUCUGUCUCACUCAGCCCCUUCCCCCUCUGAUCAUGGACUACAUCUUCCGCAAGAGGAAACUCCUGAAGACACUGCUGAGCUUGUCGCUGUUCUUCGCCGCCCUGGCUCUCCUCCAGAAACUCAAACUGGGGGAUGGCCUGAGCCCGGCCGCGGGGCUGCGGGGGGAGGCCUCCGCCGGCGGAGGAGGAAGAGGAGGUGGCAGGAGGCAGCUCGAGGUGGCGGUGGGGGGCUGGCUGGAGGCCGACAACAUCUUCUCCCGGAGCGGAGCUGCCAGUAACGGGAGUGUCGGGGGCGCGGCAGCUCCGGGGGCCGAGGAGGCACAGCUCGGUCCCUCAGGGGGCUUGGCGAAUCUCAGCAGCCCGGCUCCGGCCUGGGAGGUAACGGUCACCGAGUGCAGCCCGAACGCCUCAGUGCGGAGCCUGCCCUGGUUCUCGGGGCUGGACAGCCGCUUCCAGCAGUACGUCCUUUACCGGCACUGCCGCUAUUUCCCGCUGCUGCUCAACCACCCGGAAAAGUGCCGGCCGUCGCCGGGAGGAGAGCGGGAGUCCGGGUCGCCCCACCUGCUCAUCGCCGUCAAGUCGGUCAUUGAGCAACACGACCGCCGGGCGGCCGUGAGGAAGACCUGGGGCAGGGAACUCACCGUGGGCGGCCGCAGCAUCAGGACCGUCUUCCUGCUGGGCACGCCGGCCGCCGGCAAAGACCGGAGGAACCUGCAGAAGCUUCUGGAAUACGAGGACCGUCUGUACGGCGACAUCUUGCAGUGGGACUUCAUGGACACCUUCUUCAACCUGACCCUCAAGGAGGUCAACUUCCUCAAGUGGUUCGACAUCUACUGCCGCGGCACCCGCUUCAUCUUCAAGGGCGACGACGACGUCUUCGUCAACACCGAGAACCUUCUGGAAUUCCUGGCGUCGCAGAGCGAGGGGCCGCGGUGCGAGAACCUGUUCGCGGGCGACAUCAUUUCGCGCGCGCUGCCCAUCCGCAACCACCAGAGCAAGUACUUCAUCCCCAAGCAGCUGCACGACCGGCCGUAUCCGCCCUACGCCGGCGGGGGCGGCUUCCUCAUGGCGUCGGCCCUGGCCCGCCGGCUGCUCGUGGCCUCGGAGGGCAUCGAGCUGUACCCCAUCGACGACGUCUACCUGGGCAUGUGCCUGCAGAAGGUCGGCGUCAAGCCGCAGCUGCACUACGCCUUCAGGACGUUCGGCAUCGUCAAGCGCCGGGUCAGUCCCAUGAACAGCGACCCGUGCUUCUACAAAAAUCUGGUGGUCAUCCACAAACUGAGCCCCGAGGGGUUGCUCCGUAUGUGGGACACCGUCCACAACUCGACUCUUGUCUGUGCCAAGAAAUUUUUCGUCAAUUUGAACGAGUAACCUCGAUGCUUUCUCGCGGAUCCUGAAGGAGCGAAUCAUUGAGCCUGUGAAAUCUGCUUGAUGUUGUGAAGAGAGACCUACUAUGAAUGACACCGAUAUUAAACUUAACUGAGCUAAGGUACUUUAUAGAAUAGACAUUUACAAAAAAAAACUGCUGUAUUUUAGCACACACUACAUUGUUUAAACUCUAUGUAUAAAGUUGCACUCCCCUCAGCUUUCGUAUCUACAGGUGAUUCAACUGGAGACCAUAAUUUCCUUUCUUACACGUUUUUGUGUGUAACGAAUUUUUUUGGGGGUAGGAAACAUCGAAUACGUUUUACAGAAUUAAGGUAGUAACUUUUACCCCUUUGUUCCUCCUCUCCUGAAAGUAUUUUUAUUUGUAGGGAUGAAAUUUAGCCUGUGAUAACAUGCUCAAGUGGCUUGUUCAUAUUUUAGUGAUGGGAUGUUGAGUAAAUGAAUGUACUAGUAACUGAACCCAAGAAUGCAGAACCUGAUAAAGAUCAAAAGAGGAAGCCUGGCCUGGGGCGAUGAGCCGCGCCUAAAUUGACAUCGAAUAAACUAACGAACUUUAGAUACAAUAAAUAGAAGAUGUAACUUUUCUGGUCUGAUUCAGCUACCAUUGGUUACUUCAGCAAUAGAAACAGAUGCGGACUUUAGAAUGGCAUAAUAAAGCAGAAAUGAUAGUACCGUCACAAAAAAAUACUGACAGGAGGAAAGAAAAACUAAAAUAAAACCUGAAUAAAUCUAUUCUGUGAACUGUUUUUGAGUGACUGCAUUAAACUGGGGAAACUCUAAUGUGCAAACUAUUAGUUUAAUUUUUCAUUUUCCCACCACCAUCUCCCAACCCCUAACUAAAUAAAAAUGUAGUUUAUGAGUUGAUCAUUGAAGUUAAUUUGUGCACAGCUGAAAUGCCCGAGAUGCCAAACACAAGAAUUAUGGAGCAAUGGGAGCUCUAGUUGUCAGUCUGCUCCACAUCCAAUUCCAAACCCGAGCUUGGGUUGAAGUUGUUGUUUGAAAUGACUAAUGCCAGUGUAAUUUCUGGGUCAUCUAACCUUGAUAGGGGGAAUUAGGAAAUCCAGAAUAAUGUUUUAUUUCAAAAUUGGCUGUUUUCAGUAAAUGGAACUUGGUGCAACAAUCAUUUGCAUUUAAGAAUCUGGUACUUGGUGCUGAUAUGGACUGCACCUCCUCCAGUAGGCAUCGAGAGUAUUGAUGGUGGGGCUGCCAAGAUUUACUGAUGAAUGAUGGAUCUGGCCAGGUGGCCUCUACAAACAGUGGUGCUUUUAAUCUCUGGCAGAAUUUAGGGCAAUACUGGGCUCAGCAUUGAUUCUGCUGCUGAUGUAUAAUCCCAAUUAGCCCAGGAAUUUCAGGGCUACAUAAAUCUAAUGUAGGUUUUGGUCAUAUAUGUUUACAGUACAAUGGAUUUAGAGGAAAAAACAUGGUGAGAAAGUGAAAUAAUUUCCUUUUUGUGUACUGAUUCAUCAUUUAAGAUACCCCUAGUUAUUGAUCUGACAGCAAAUCAAACUCUUUAAUUUCAUGAUGUAAUCAUGAAUAUACAAUAUAUCCUUCCAGAUAUUAAUAUAUUUGAUUAAAAAUUAAGAUGUGAAGUACUCGAGAGGCUAACAUUGCAUAAAAUGACCCUCUCACCUGAUAGUCAGGGCAGCUAAUUUCUGCUUAACUUGAUUCAGAUGCUGCUCAGUGUUCCUAAUGAAGGAGCCAUGAAAUUGCUGAGGUGCAUGGUAUUGAAAAUCCUUGCUGCCAACUCCAUUGUACUCCGUGGCUUCCAUUCCUCAAGGAAAACCUUAUAAAGCAUUCCAUAUUGAGGCAUGUGUGCUAGGAUGUCAGUAAUAGGAUUUAACUCCAUGAUCUCCAGCCCACGGCUGAGGUACCAUCUGAAUGACAGCUGAUUUCAAAAUGGCAACUAAUAUAAGAGAGAAAUGGAAUAUGCAAACGUGACUGGUGUGUAUUCGAUAGACAUGUGUUCCUUGCCUAUACGUAUAUGGUUAGUUUUUAAAAUAAGGGUCUUAAUAUUUAAAACCAAUUAUGUCUUCUGAAAUCCAGAUUGUUUUUUGAUAAAAGCAAUGAAAAUAAUUUGUAUGAAAUUUUUCUUUUAGUUGAAGUGACAUUUGAUAUUGGAAAUGGUUUGAAAAUUUUGCCAAAAUAAAUAAAUUGAAAUGUACAUUAAAAUAUAACCAAUAAAAAGUUUUAAAGACAA